AAGACAAGCGCGCAGAUUGAUGACGUCAAAUAAAGUCGACUCAUCCUGAAUAGCUAACGACUGAAAGGUAGCAACGUUUUCGUCGGAAAGAUUGACAUUAUAAGUCCGUUUUUAUUUUUGUGAAGGGAGAAGAGUUUUCGAGUACAGGUGGUAUCUGUGACACCGUGAUAGCAUGGCGGCUCGAUGGGAUGAACAUCAGGCUUACGACGAGCUUCUGCACUGGGACAGCCUCAUCCAACAAGGCCGCCGGUUACUACCGCACGAGUUUGACAGAUAUGAGGAACUGCGUUACUGGUACGACUGUCGGUGCUAUGAUGAGGAGCUGAGACAUUACCAUGACUACAUUUCUUCAAUGGAGGCUGCCGAUGAUCAUAAUUUUCAGGUCGUUCCACACAACCAGACACAAUAUGGGCCAAACGAUCGCCGUGUGAUGGCCAAACACGCUGAAAUCUACCCCUCUGCAGAGGAGCUAGAGGCAGUUCAGACAAUUGUCUCUCAUGUGGAGUGUGCGUUAAAGGCUGUAUCUGAGAAAAUGGAUGCCCCGGAUAAAGGAACUCAAGAGGUCGAAAAUGCUGAUGCACAAAAGCACGCGGUGCAUGGCAUCAUGAGGGUGGGUCUGCUGGCCAAGGGACUUUUGCUCAAAGGAGACCUAAAUCUGGAACUGGUGCUGCUUUGUCUCAACAAGCCAACUGUCACGAUGCUGAACCAGGUGGCUGAGAGUUUGCGGGCCCAGUUAGAGAUUGAGUCAGCCGGGUUGUACACAGUGACCCCUUGUCCAGCGGAUGCAGCCAUUAUAGUGGAAAGCACCAAGGAGUUUUCUCUAACGCUCACCCUCCAUCUCACAUCUCCUCAAAUCAGAGUGGAGGCUCAAGAAGAGCAAUCGCUAACAGACAACGAUCUGCCGGACGUUCUGGACAGACAGAAAUGCCUAAGUUCCUUGGCGUCUCUCCGCCACGCCAAGUGGUUCCAGGCCAAAGUGAAUCACCUGAAGUCUGCUGAUAUUGUGAUCCGGGUCUUGAGGGAUUUAUGUAUCCGUGUACCGACUUGGGAACCGCUGUCAGGAUGGAUUCUUGAAUUGAUUGCAGAGAAGGCCAUCAGUACAUCUGAGAGGCCACUGGGCCCAGGCGAGGCGUUCCGCAGGGUUCUUGAGUGCCUUGCCUCUGGGAUCUUCUUGGCUGACGGUCCUGGAAUUAAAGAUCCCUGUGAGAAGGAACCCAUUGAUGUCCUUGAAAGUCUCACCCUGCAACAGCGUGAAGACACAACUCAGAGUGCUCAGUUGGCAUUAAGACUGUGUGCCUUUGGAAUGAUGUACAAAGUUUUGGGAAUCGAAGCAAAACCUGGUAGGCCAUGGAAAGCACGAGGAGCCGAUGCAAAAAUCUUAUCUGGCCAUGAAGAGGGCAGACCCUCUCCACCACUUAAGAGAUCCUACAAUGAAAUGGCACCAGGAAAGGAUGGGUCCUCAUUAAAUAGCAAACAGAGGAAGUUCCUCAAAUUCCAGAAGCGGUUUCCUCGGAAGUCAUUGACAGAUGAUUUGACCAUGAACGCUGUGAUGCGACUGAACCAGUUCCGACCGGGCUUGGAGUACCGCCUGACCUCCCAGACAGGUCCAGUCCACGAGCCAGUUUUCAGCAUGGCUGUAGACGUGAAUGGGAAAACCUAUGAGUCUACCGGGCCCUCGAAACGUUCUGCCAAGCUUAAUGUAGCCAACAAGGUCCUGCAAGAUCUCGGUCUUCCAACAGGCUCAGAUUCCAAGUUCGAAUCCAAAGCCGAUGAUGGCCAAGAAGUAACUUCUACAACUGGUUCCAACGCAUCAGAAGAUCAGAGUGGACAGGGUCCUAUCUUGACCAAGAAUGGGAAGAAUCCUGUCAUGGAGCUGAAUGAGAAAAGACGCAGUCUCAAGUAUGAACUAUCUGACGAGACUGGUGGCUCUCACGAGAAGUGCUUUGUUAUGGAGGUGGAAGUUGAUGGACAAAAGUUCAAAGGGAGGGGGUCGAACAAGAAGGAGGCAAAGGCCUACGCUGCUCUCGCCGCUCUGGAGAAGCUGUUCCCAGAGACACCACUUAUGCCCAAGAGAACAAAAAAGCUGACUUACACUGACAUGCACAUCCCAGGCUUCGGGACUAUUCGUGGGAUCCCUUCAGAUUCUGCGACUCCUGACUGGGGCCAUGGUAGAGGUCGAGGGAGAGGCCGAGGCAGAGGCUAUUCAUCAGGACCCAUUUACAACAAGACCAAUUACAGUUAUGAGAGCAACUCCAGUACAGGCUAUCAAAAAUUGUAUGGUAACAAUGGAGCCGGAACCACAGUUCCCACUACCAAAGGCGUCAGUAGCGUUAAUUCUGCCAGCACAGGAGGCAGUACUGGCUACGGCACAUUUUACCCAGAGACGAGCGCCACCACCUUCUCCUCGCCGCCCGUCUCAAGUACCAGCACAAGCUCAGCGACAAGUUACAAGUCGGUACCCCCGACUGCUGACCAACAGAGUCCCUAUAGUUAUGGCUAUGGCGAAGAAAAGAAGAAGAUGCUUACUCAAGGCCAGACGGAGGUUUCGACACAGGGAAGCAACUACUCCAUGUACAGCACUGCUUACCCCAGCACAGCUGUGGGAACCCAAAUGUAUAGUAGUUACGCUUGGUCGACUCCGUCAAAUUGGAACACUCAGCAGGGCUAUGGAUCCUACCAGUCCUACACGGGACAAACUCAGACCUCAUAUCCUGGAAACAGCGGCGCAACUUAUUAGUCACGCUCAAGUGCUGCUUUUCUUGGCUCGCUAGGCCACCGAGGUCUGAGUUUUCACACCCUUAAUUAGGAUCCCGGCACACCACUUGUGAAGAGAAAAAUGUUUAAAUGUCUCUCAUACUGGAAUGUUUGUUUUGUCACCGCAAAUCAUGUUUGUGUUUAUAUCUUGUUUCCUGAAGUGUUUUUAAAUAUAGAUUACUGGUUCUGUG